UCCGGACAACAACAAGACAACUCGAAAAGUAUGCCAGUCAAAGUGUGUAAAUAAAACAAAGGGGCGACCAUAAGGAAAGAAAGAAACAAAGAUCGGCACCAGGCGCAGAGCAAGUUCUGCCCCCCACCCCGCCAGAGACCCCCCGUUUCGCGCUGAGAUUGGAGCCAGAGAGAUUGGAGAUCGGAAUUCGGUGCUCGAGGAGCGGACGCAGUGCGGCGGGAGUGCACGAGCAGCUAGUGUGUCCCAGUGCCCUGUGCCAGUUACCAACUGUCCAGGUAGCAAGAUCUCUAUGGUGUCGCCAGCAACAUGAACCUGGAAUCGCUGUUCCGCGACUUCAAUCCCUGCAAAUUUAUCGUUCACUGCAGCCUGUUCACCUUCGUCACGCUCUUCGCCUUGCGCCUGGAUAACUACAUAGAUUGGCCCUAUUGGGCAAUUUUCACACCGCUGUGGAUAUGGAAGUGCACCGCCAUCCUGGGCGCCAUCGUCGGCGCCAUCGUUUGGUGCCGCUAUCCCCACUACCGCCUUGAAGGCGACGCCUACACGCAGUUCAAGGCAAUGCUCAUCUCCCUGGCCCUGCACCUGAUCCUGCUGAUGUUCGAGCUGCUGGCCUGCGAUAAGCUGACCUCGGACCGCCACCUUUGGGUGCUGGUCUUCAUACCGCUGAUCUUCGGAUCGGUGGUGAGUGUGGGCGCCUGUGUGUGGGCCGUCAAGCACGAUCGAUCCUUCGAACUGGAGCUGUUUUUGGCGGUGAAUGCGUUGCAGUUCGUCUCGCUGCCGCUGAAGCUGGAUGGCUUUGUGUACUGGAACUGGGAUGUGGUGUUUGUGCCUAUGUGGAUUGUGAUAUGCCUGAGCUUGGUCAGCGUUUUGUACAACAUCAUCUUCUGCGGCAUCAUGAUGCGUACGCCGGAGGUCUCGCUGCAGCAGAAAAAGGCAGCGUUAAAUGCGGCAGUGGGCAACAUCUGCACGGUGCUCCCAUUGCUCUGCUUUCAGGUGGUCAUCUGCGACAAGCUGGAUGGCGAGCUUAAGUUCCCAUACGUUGUGGUCUUCUCGCCGCUGCUUGUCUCCAUUUUGGCACUGAUCAUUCUGAGCUUCACGGCCAAGGGCGGCAACAUGUGGUGGUUCGGCAUCCGCAAGUCCUUCAGCCAGUUCCUGCUGUCGGCAAUGCCCUUCCUGCAGGAAUACGGCAACAUCAGCUAUCACGUCGAGACGCACAGCAAUGCCGGGCAGUCCGUGCCGCUGGACGCCACCUCUUCGUCAACGAGCAUGGCGGCCAGCGAGCAGCUGCACGAGUUCGGCAAGCACGACAAGAAGGGCAAGAAGGGGGCCAAGAACGACAUCCUCAAGCCGGUGGUGCCGUUCGUCAGCAUCGACCUGCCGGACUAGAUAUUAGGUUAAAACAAACGGACAGCUUAGCACUGCGCACAGGAGCAGCAGAAGGAGUAACAGAGAAACAGAGCAACAAUAAAUAGCAAGAACCACUUAGACCUAUGGACAGCCUCUCAGCACGCGCACACGGAGACGCCGCACACCUUUGUUCAGGUGUUUAUAUAUUAAGCAUAACACAUACCCUAUGACACAAUCAAACACACACACACACACACAUCGGCCGUAGCUUCUAGACUCGUACUGAAUUUUAAUAGUAAGCCAAACGCUAACCCCUCCCACAACACACAACCCACGCCUCCCCCAGCCCCAAACUUUCCCAGCCACUCCCAUCGUCCCUCGCAUUCGCCUGCAUGUAAUAGCUGUGCAUAUAUACAGGCCGGUGACCACACGCAAUUGUUCAGAUUGCCAAACCCAAAACUAAUCAGAAUUAGAGAGUUCACCUUGACCGCUAUUUUCUUUUACAAAUCGAACAAACCGCAACCUAUUAAACUUUGACUCUUGGCCUUAUAUAUGUGCAAGUAUUAUGUGUUACAUCCCUCACACUCUGGACAACCACUUAAGUGUGAUUGCCUACGAUUUAGUGUAAAUAAUUUACAAACAAAUGAAAACAUGAAAUAUACUUAAGUGCUUCCAAAACAAACAGAGAAA